GUUGUAUGACCUUGCACUUUUACGGUUCGUAGGUCGUGUGCAUUAAUGUGCAAUGCCCGUGUUGAGCCCUCUCGAGUUUCGUGAUUGUGUUGUGGACAGCCCGAAUUUCCGAAAGGCUUUGUCAGACCAUGAGGCAGACUUGAAAAUCGCAAACAAGAAAGUCAAAAGUGUUCUAGUGAACACAAGAAGAGUUUUCGAAGCUAUGGAAUCAUUAAAUCAAGCGCUUAUUGAUUAUGCUGAAUCAUUGAAUGAUUUUUCAGAGUAUGCUCAUCAGUCAACUUGUUUAUCCCAAACAGAAAACGAAGUUUGUGAAACCGAUGAUGAUAUUAUAAUUAAAAAUGCCUUAUCAGUUUAUGCAACUAUAAUUACAAAUGUUGAAGAAGCUAGGCGUACUAUGAUUCAACCCAAUAAAGAGCUGGUCUUAACUGAACUAUCGGAACUACGUUCUCUAUGGUUGGGUGGUCAAAAUACUAAUGUAAAAGCAUUUCAAAAAGAAACUAAAAACUUUUGUCAAUACCUUGAAAAAUACGCAUCAAUUAAAUCAAAAGAGUUUACAGAAGAUAAUGAUGCAAAAAUGCUUCAAGAACGUAAAAAUUAUAUUGCCAAGGCAUUUGAAUACAUCAGUAAUAUAAAUGAAGCGCAUGAAUUGAAAAAAUCCAAAUUUGUUCAAACAGUAAGUUUGAUCAUGAGAAUGUUGUCAAAUUUCUAUUAUCAAGCUUUCGAACAAUUCAAAGAUUCAUCACAUCAAAUUAGUCAGAUACUUCAGGCUGCACAGCGUUCUAGUGAAAAUUAUGAACAAAUUAGUUUAGAGAGUAAAACACUAACAGAAAAACUACUCAAUACACCAUGGGAACAAAUACAAUCUACAAAUUUAGCUGAUACACGUGAAGGUUAUGUAUUUGUUGCUACAAAAAAAGCUGUUAUGACAAUUUGGACAAAAAAUUUCUGUACAUAUAAUCGUAAUAGUAAAAUAUUAAAACUUACACCCUAUACUCAAUAUCAAGACAAUGAUAAUAAUACCGAAAUAUUGAAUGUCAUCUCGUGUAGAAGACGAUCAAAUGAUUCCAUUGAUAGACGUUGGUGUUUUGAUAUUGAAGUAUCAAGAAGAUCUACUCCACUUACCUUACAAGCGCAAUGCUUGGAUGAUCUUCAUGAAUGGCUUCUUGUAAUGGAUGGAAAAGAGCCAAUUUAUGAAGAUAGACGUGUGUGCCUCCAUGAAUCAGAUAAUAUUCAAUUAAACGACAAAAGUUAUGAAUUUCUACUCAAUUUAAUUCAUGCAAUUGAAAAAAAUGGUAUUCAAGUUGAAGGAAUCUAUAGAACAUGUGGGGUGAAAUCUAAAGUUGCCAGUCUGAUUAAACAAGCUCUAUCUCCAUCAGGAAUAUCCAAGACGACUUUGUCAAAUUAUGAAUUAUGCGUUUUAACCGGUGCAUUAAAAAGUUUUAUUCGACAAUUAGAAACUCCAAUUAUGACAUUUCAGUUACAUGAUUCUUUCAUGUCUGCAAUGAAACGAGAUAAUGCUUAUCGAUUAACAGAGCUUAGUGCAUUAUUAAAAUUGUUACCACCAGAAAAUCAACGUACUUUAGACUUACUGAUUAGGCAUUUAUCAAGUGUUGCUGCCUACAGUCAAUUGAAUCACAUGAAUCCAAGUAAUCUAGGCAUUGUAUUUGCACCAUCAUUGUUUCGUUCACGUGAAGAAUCUGUCGCUGCAAUUAUGUCAACAAAAUUCGCUUCAACUGCUGUCGAAUUAAUGAUUAUUAAUUAUUCAAGUUUAUUUCCAAUACAUUCAUCGAAUAUUCUUCGACCAUUACCUCAGUUAUCCUUACCAUUAUCUACUACCCCACUUGUUAUGAAUGAUAAAAAUGGAACUAUAAGCGAAAUUAACAAUACCACUCAUAAUUCUAUCAGUAGUAUAUUUGAUAGUAAUAGUACUUCUACUACUAUGGGAAAAUAUAACCAUAUUAAGAAUGGUGAAAACUCUAUAGAACCAGUGUAUACUACACCGGUUAUUAGCUAUCCUUUUCAGUUAAACAAUUCCAUAAUGGAUCGAUCUGAAAACAUGUUCACUUCGUCCAGUAAUGAAAACUACUCAUCUCAAACAUCUUUACAAUCGACUAAAUCAUCAUCUACGUUUACAUCUUCCUUCACACCAACAUCAACAACCACAAAAUCAAAUUCACAAUCAUUCAAAAGUUCGCCAAGUCUCCCAAUCGCAUUACAAAUUGUCCAUGACAAUGAAUACAUUACUAAUCAACACGAACAAAAUUCAACAAAUGAAAAAAUUUUAAAUCAUUCUCUUCAUCAUCAUCAUUCUCUAUUAGUUACAUCACCAUUAUCUAUUCAUCACAAUAAUCAUUCAAUUGAGUCACCAUUGAGAUCUCGUAUAUCACCGCAACGUAGCAGGUAGUUAUUUUUGAUGAUAAUGAUCAUAACGAUACUGAUGAAAUUUUUCUUAUUGGCUAGCAGUGAACAUUAGUUUCUUUUUUCAAUAGUUUACCUCUAGAUCAGUCAGUGGUUUGGGUCCUUAGUCGUUGGGAGGUUUAAAUACAGUUUAGAGGUGUAUUGUUUUCUUGUGAGGGGAAAGUGAAUUCACGAGCAAGAAUUGAGAAUUUUCGCCCGAACUUCUAGUGAUAGAUCGUGACUGGUUAUGGUGUUCAGCUUUGUUGACAAUGAGAUAGUUUAUCAUCAAUGGGAUUGAAUAAUAUUGGACUACAACCCCAAGUCGAAAUUAAAAAUACAGAUCAUUGGUUUCUAGUUCAUUGUUAUCAAGAUCAACCAUUCUCCAUUAAUUGGCACAGUAAUAAUUUAAGAAGGAUAAUGGUUGAUUAAUUUGGUUACUGCACGUGUUCUCCAUGAUACUCAACCACAUGUCAGGUUGUAUUGUGCACAUAAAUUGGUAACUAAGUGAGCAAACAAGUUUUAACCUUAAGUGAUUGAUGGAAACUGACAGUAGAACCCAACUCUUUACACCAUCGAGUCAGUGAGGUGAAAGUUUUUCUAAAGCUUGUUUUGAUUCAUGCCAGUAUAUGUGGUUGCGAUAAACCUUAUUGCUAAAGCAAUGAACGUUACAUAUUGAAUCGGUUUUUCAGUUUAACAUUUUAUUGUUUAAAAAUGCGUUAUUAAACGAAUAGUCUUUUCUCGUAGAUAUUGAUUCUUUGCGAUCAUAGAUCAGGCCUUUUCAUUUAAGAAUCCACAACUCAGUAAGGUUCUGUUGAAUGACAAUUAUAUUUUUUUGCUGAUCUUAUUAUCUUGUUAGAUCCGUUUAAUCAUAUCAAUAUUGAUAGGGAUCAAUGAGUCAGUGGUUAAAUUGUAGUCACUAAAUGUAAUUAAAUAGUACAACUAUGCCAACUUUAUUAUAAACUGGAUAACUACAGUGUAGUAAAAAUAUGUUCUUAGAUUUGAUUAAUUCUAGUCUAAUCUAUAGCUUAGCCAAUGACAUUGGAGUGUUAAUAGAAAUCGUAUCGGAAUCGACAAUUGUGUAUCUAUGUGCUAAUGUGGUAUGACAACUCGAACUGAUGUACUUACGUACGAAGUUCUACGUUGUUACUGAUUGACUGACUAAUAGAAAUGCAAUUGUGUAUCAUUUAAAUUGUAUACCCACUCAUAAUUUCGUAAUUUCUAGAUGAUGAUUCCUUUUAAAAUCUGACUUUCUUCUGAAUGUAAUCAGAUAAUUACGAAGUCAAACAUUUUACAACAGGUUUGUGAGCUUCUUCUAUGGAAACAUACAUUUUUGUACUAAUACUAAUCACUGAUAUAUCUAUUAUAGUCAGUCGUAAUCAGGAUAUGACUUGGUGUAAAUAUACAUCUGUCCAAGUUGCACUCCGCUAACUUCACGAGGUGAAACUAACAGGAUAUAUUAGUGAAGUUAAAAUUAUACUAGUGAUUAUUGUAGUAAAAUCGACUAUACAUAGAAACUAUGUAUCUAAGAGAAGGAAUGAAUACGCGAAAUAAAAGUAGCGAAAAAUGGAUUACUUAUCUGCGCCAUUGUGGUCGGUUUUAACCAGUGUUCAUGAACUUUACUAUCCAUCAACCAUGAUUCUCGCCCGAAGUCCAACCAAAUAGUCUGCACCUGCUAACAACUCGUACUCCAACAAUUAUUGCAUUUAUGAACUGGUGCCAUGUAUUAGUUCGAUCGCUCAUUGCGUCCUUCCAACCUAACUCUUUGCAUGUCAGCUGUAUGUUCCGCUUUAGACCAUUAUUAGAAUGCUAUUAAUAGGUGAGAAUUAAAUGUCAUGGUUCAUGUAAUAGUUUUCUUAGAAAAUUUGCUUAUUUUUAGUAGAAAUUUAUAUCUUUUAACCAAGUCUAUUUUGUAUACUAAUUUUUGUCUAGUCCGAACCCCCCCAUUCAUUUAGUUAUAUCGCAAUCUUUUAGAAAAUCGCCGGCACCACCACCACCGAUGACAUCAGCAAAGUGUGUAAAUACAAUCCCAGUAAGAAGUUCAUCAAUAAAACCUACCACAUUGUCACAAACUCCUGUCACAACGACAAUCAAAGAAACUGCUGUCAGUGCUUUGAAUCACGAAGAUCUAUCCUCUCAUAAUGACUCUGAUAAAUGUAAUAAUUUUGGGGUUGAAUUCGAUCAAACAUGUAUACCGCAUAUGUCUUCUGAAUAACACUAUUUGAACUGCUCUCUAUUCUGCCAGAACUUCAAUGCAUUGAUACAGAAAUACAGGUGUCAAAUAAAAUGUACAAGUAUAUCACCAAACUUAACUGAUUGGUUGAAAAUUUCUAUGUACAAAUUAUUCUACUUAAAUACUUAUAAAUAGUGUAAAAAUGUUUAAAAAAUUACUUGUCAAAUAGCGUUCGACUUGUCUUCCUUUUUUUUGUUUAGAAAAAAUAUACAUCAUAUUACUUAUAUUUAAGUAUGUACACACUAACUGUGCAGAAUAUACUUAUUUUUAGUCUGUUUUUGAUCAACCAAGGUAUCUCUUUCAUGCUGUCGUUCUUGUUUGUCCUUUUAGUUUUUUUCUUUGUCAUUGGAAAUAAUCACAGUAUCUGUAUUGUACGUCACAAUAAGAGUAAAAUAAAUUGUAUCAUGAUGUAUAUCCCAGAUUAUUUACAGGUUGAUUGGUUAGUUAAGUUUCUUUUAAGGUGUGUACUAACUUCCCAAAUAAUAAGAGAUCGUUUUUCUUGUUGCGAAUUGUUGGUUCUCAAAUUCCCAACAUUAUCUUAUGAAAAAUUUGUUGAAAAUGUAGUAUUGGCCAUUUUCCUCCCCCCCCCCCAGUAAUUUUGACUUUGAUACAGUUAUUUAUUGUAAAUAUAAAGUUCAGAAAUGAA